AUGACAGCUCCCGAGGUUUCUCACGGCCGCGGUGGUGCCGGUAACAUCAACCCAGACGACACCAAAUAUGUUGACGGAGAGGUGGUUCGUGUAGGCGCAGAAGGCAGCCAUGGAGACGGGGCUUUCAGCACUGGCCGUGGAGGCACUGGCAACAUUGGCGAUGCCGGCAAAAAGCAGACGGUGCGUGCCGACAAGGACGUCAUCCCCGAGGCGGCUGUCCGGCCCAGCCAGGACAAUGCCGAUUACCACACGGGCCGGGGCGGCGCGGGCAACGAGCACGUUGCGGCCAAGAAGCCGGCCGCCGCGGGGGAAGCUCCUAUGGGGCUGGCUGACAAGCUCAAGAGGAAGGUUUAUGGGAUCUUCAACAAGAAGUAG